AUGUUUGAAUCUACUCUUGCUUUCCUCGAUACCAAAACUGGUGAAGAUGUCAAUAUGAAGGUCAAGCUUCAAGGUUACGGCUCGACUGCGACUUCGCUCCUCGAGGACAAAAUUUAUUUUUUGUUGGGCCGCGUUAUAGCUUUAAAUGCAAAAACACCACCUGUGUUCUAUUUUGAACAAGAACUUACAUUCCCUAUUGCUGAUUCCGAGGGCUAUUUGAUUUCCCUCGCUAACAAGGCAGGAUGUUACGGCUUCGGUGUAGUUAUCUCAAAGGCUGAGGAGAAGGAUGACAGUUCAGCAACCUCUACCUUUAAUAACUUACUGGUAAAGAUCCGACACACCGACUAUGACGUCCAGACGCGCAACUUGGUCAGCUUUAUUGUCCAGUAUAAAGUUGCUGGUAACCGUAACCUGGCAAAAACAUUUGGUCUGUUCCAGGUUGGCCGUGAAGUUCUCAUUUCCGGCUACAUCGCUGGAUACAACAUUGAGCAGCAUAUGCUCCAAGUCAAUGCAUUGUCUGUGUCUUUGUCUUCUGGCUACUCCUCUUCAUCCGCCGCGGUGAACGCUGCGGAGCCAAGUCCUGUUGCAGGCAAUCGUCGCCGACCCAUUCAAAUUGAUUUCGGCAGCGAUGAAGAAAAUGGAGACAAUGCCCCCCAAGUCCCUGUAGGAACAAGCAAAUUUGUUCAACAGACUCCUCAGGAAGACAAUCCCGCGGCCCUCCAAACAGACCUCGCUUCUACCCGAGAGACACCUCAGGCUCCACAAAAGAAGCGCAAAUACACCAAGCAAAACACUCAGCCCACUCCGGAAAGAGUACCCGCGCUCGUGACAGAUUCCUCUAUCGUGUAG